CGUGCACGACGACUGGUUCGCGAGAUCUCCGCCUAUUGGUGCGUUCGUAGUGGCAAUGGGGUCGGCGGCGGAGUCGCUGGUAGCACUAGCGUUGGAGGUUCGCAUUUAGCUGGUGGCUCGGACGCACGUGAUGCUGAAACAGCGGGCGGUGCAGCUUCCGGUGCGGAGAUUGAGUCGGCGGCAGCUGCACGACGUCGGGCGGAACGAGCCCUAGCGGAGCAGCGAAGAGCCGAUUUAGAAUUGCUUGAGGCUCGUCGUCAGCAGCGUAAACUUAAUUUUCUUCUCACACAAACGGAGCUCUAUUCCCACUUUAUGGCCAAAACCAUGUCUGGUGGAACUGCUGGUGGGGAUGGUAGAGUAGAAUCCAUACUUGAACGGCUUCAGGAGGGGCCGAAAGUCUCAGAUGAGGCUGGUAAUGCGGAAUCCACUUUGGCGGAGGCUGCCAAAGCUGCGGCAGGGAGACUUGGUAUCAAUGUGGACGAUGAGUUUGAUGCGGAAGCGUUGAAAGCGCAGGCAUUGUCACGUGUUCAGACAGCGAUUGAGAGGGAAAAUCAAGCUAGGUCAGAAUUCAAUCAAAGUGGUCAACAUCCAAUGGAAACAGAGAUGGACAUUUCAAAACCACCAGCGCUUUUCAAGGGCGAUUUGAAGACCUAUCAAUUGAAGGGGUUAGCAUGGUUACUGACCCUCUUCGAUCAGGGCAUAAAUGGAAUUCUUGCUGAUGAGAUGGGUCUCGGAAAGACGGUUCAGACUAUUGCAUUUUUAGGCUCUCUAGCUGAGCUCCUCACAAAUGUCGAUGCAGAUGAGGGUCCCACCGCCGUAUCGGUCUCGAUAUAA